GUGUACGUCAUUUUCACAAUGGCGGAGGCUGGGUGAGGAGGAGAGUGUGUGUGUGAAGCGGCGCCGUAAUCGUUAGAGCUCCAUUGCCCGUUAAACGUGCACGGUGCCCGAAAAUGGCCCUGAACCCCAACGCGGUGGGGAAAAGGGACUCAGAAUGUACCGAGACGGACGAUCUCCAGCCGGAAGGCGGCGAACCCCCGAAGAAUUCAGCCGCCACCUCGGCCACAGCCAACCAAAAUGGCGAUCAGCCUGGAUGUGGAGACGGUGUAAUGCCCGACCAAGAAGCCCCUGAGCGGCGGAGGAGAGUGCAGGCAGACGCCCGGAGCUUUAGCAGUUCUCCUUCGCCGGGCCAGAGACCGAAUUUUCAAAUCCCAAGGAAGACCAGGGAACGGAAAGGCUUGUACCAGUUUUUGCCCCCUGACAGCCGGGAGUUUGAGGACCUUGUGAAGAUUGUGUCCUCGUUUUAUCUAGAUGCAUCAUCACGAGGAACCUUCUCCUACUGCAAGGCCAGGCUCAUUCACAAUGAGCUGCUUGAGAAGGAGUUCAUCGAGAAGCGAAGAGAGAUGAAACAGGAAGGGCGGACAGAACAAGAACUGACUGAGUCGUACUGCUUCCUUUACCCAGACAAAUCCAAGCUCCACUUGAUCUGUGAGAAGGGUCUGUCGGUUGGACACGCCAGGAUAACUACACUAGGGAAUCCAUUAAAAGGUGUUUAUGUCUCCAAAUAUUCUGAUCUGUUACAAAUGAAUCCCUUUGAAGUCGGCUCGUCUGGAGACAUGAUCGUUUUUAAAGUUAUGAGGGGCCGAAUAAAGCACAUUCAUGAGAACAUGCCUAAGAAUGCCAUGGAACCUACUCCCAAGUUUGACUGUCACAUGUCCAAAAGUGGCAACAGGGUCACAUCUUUGCUGUCUUACAGGGCUUUUGAGCUCACACAGCAAUAUUUUUUCGAGUUUGCAUUUGAUGAGAUCAAGAAUCGGCCCAGGCAUGUGUACCCCUAUGCUGUGGUUUCCUUUAAGUACAAAGGGAAGGAAGCUGCAGCGACUCCUAUGACUUCACACAGGUUUAACACUAUUUCCCCUGAAGGAAGUCGAGGGAAGAGCUGCUACACUGUGUGGAGUGGUCCACUAGUAAACAAGGGCCAGGAGUUGUUCCCAAUCUGUUUACGAUCCUCCUCACGCCCCUACCUCCCUUUCAAACUGCCUGAGAAGCUGGAGGUGAGUCGAGGCAUGCAGCUGGAGCAGGUGAAGCGCAAGAUUCCCUCCGUGCUCUUUUCUUGGGACACCUACACUGCAUCACGGGAAGUGAUGAAAUGUGGGAUGUCCUGCAGCCUGUUUGAGGUGGUGGAUGGAAAAGGCAAACCAACCAGCGGCAGCUUGGCAGCACUGGUCAACAAACUGGAGAGGGACAGGAUGGUGCUGGUGAAGUCCUUGUUCGACAGGGGCUUUCUCUUCCUGCUGUCCUCAGCGCAGAUGGUUGAGUCCAAAGAGCGGCGGGGGCGCGUUGAGAAGAACCUGCAAGCAUUAUUCAUCUUUCAGGAGUCAAGGAUGGUUGUCAAGUACUCUUCCAGACUGUUCGAGCCGGAGCCACUGACGGCAGAGCCCCAGCCUGCUAUCCUGUCCUCCAUGGAUCCCUUCAUCCCUGCUCUGCACUACGCACUGUUCAAGCUGCGCCCCAACCCGGGCAAGGACCUGAGCCUCGGGGUGGAGCGUCAGGCCACUGAUUACCUAACUCGUAUGGAUUCGGGCACAGUGCGGCCGUUCAUUCUGCCCGACUACAAAUAUAACGUGGACGAUAGGACCAACCCGCUCCCAGUGCCCAGACCCAAAUUUAACAUGGAAGCUGUGCUGCGUUCUUACAUCCACAACCCUACCAACUACAUGUUAUCUCUGAACAAGACAAAGGACAUCAUUGAAAGAAUACGGAACCCAGUACCCAUACCUAUGCCCAUACCCACACCUGCUCCGGCCCCAGUGGAAUACAGUCCCGUUUCUGACUGGGGCGGCUCGGACAGGGGCUCAGACAGGCCAGAGAGACCCGCAGAGAGACCCGCAGAGAGGUUGCCUCAGGAGAGGCCGCCUCCAGAAAGGCAAGCACAGGAGAAGCCGCCCUCAGACGGCACCAGACGGAGGCAAGGGUCGGGGCAUUCAAAUGGGGCCCAGCCACAGCACAAGUCCGACGCUGAGCCCCAGCCGCAGCCCGCUCAGAGGCUGCGACUGUCUCAGAACGAGUAUGAUAAAGACAAGAUGAAACAGUUGCUUAAGCUAAUCCAGCUUCAUAAGAAAGCACUAGUGAAGGAUCCUGGGAAGGAACGGGGUGAGGACGUGGCUUGGGACGCCAACAGUCUAAAGAGGAAGUUUGAGGGAGACGAGAGGGGGGGCACGAACAAACACCCACGCACAGAUCCGCUGAGCAACGGGGAACCCAGUCGAGGAGCCCAAGCGGAUGAGAUGGGAGACGAGGGUGGACAGAGCGACAAUCUGACAGCAGUGAUGGAAAGCAUGGGCAUCUAUGACACUGACCUGAGGGCUCAUGGCAACACCAACGCCUCUACGGUCAACGAGACCCAGCGCCUCCUCAAGAUCCUUCUGGCUACUCUCAACAAAGCUGUGGCUCAGGGUUCAGUGUCUGCACAGUCAAACCACGGCGAACCGUCGACCGGUCCAGGGAGGGGGGAACCCGCCUUCCCUGAACCAGAUGUGAAGAAACAAAACGAGCCUGCAUCUCAAACAAACUACACAGAGGAGGACAUGGACUGUAGCCCUGGUAGUCCACUCAGCGCUGGCUCCCCAACAGAGCAAGCACACACCUCAGACAACCCAGCCUGGGUCAACCCCGCCGAUGAAGACAAAGCACAGCCUUUCACUGAGCCAAAGCCCGAGCCCGAGCCAGAGCCAGAGCCUGAGCCAGAGCCGGAGGCUGUGAUGGUGGCAGAGAGCUACCCAGAGCCGAAGACGCCUGCAGCAGUGGAAGUAAAAAAGGCGGCUGCACCACCCACGUUACCAGUCGUUGAGGAAGUUCCCUUCAGGCCCUCCAUCAGCCUGGACACCAUACUCAACCAGGAAAUACACAGUCUCACCUCUGACAUUAAAAACAUCAUGACGACGCACCGCAUCUGCUAUUCGUCGCAGCUGCCCCCGCGGUUGCCUCCACGCCACUGCUGGCAGCCCAGCAGCUGCUUCUCAGACUAUGUCGUACCGUACGUUUCCCCCGUCCCUAUUCAGGGGCAUGUCAAAGCACUGUGUGAGAAGAUGGACAAGUUGAUCCCGGCCCCACCUGCUCCCUCCAAAGUCACUUCCCCACCUCCCCCAGUGACAACAUCUAAUCUUACAACACCGCCCCCCACCCCUAUGCAGACUUCCAAAACUAAAGAGGAGCCCUCGCUGUCGAAGAGCACCGCGUCACACAGGGGUAAAAUGGGCACUAUCAAAGGGGUGGCACCUGCUAGGUCUAAAACUGAAGGCUUAUCAGCAGAGUUGGGGGGAGAGAUCUAUUCUCCCUCUCAAGUCACAGCAGACUCUCCAGAGCACAGGUCCCAAAACCCAGGCCGUGCUUCUGGGAGUGGGUCCAACCUGCUGGCUGGCAGCCUCAUUGGUCAGCUGAAGCCUGAAGUUUUCAGCAGCCUGGUGGAGAUCUUUAAGGAUGUCACCAAGAACACAGUCAAAUUCUACAUCUACUCCGGGGACGAGGGGGAAGAGAGCACUGUCUGCAAGGAGAUCAAGGAGUACUUGAAAAGUCUUGGCAACAGCGAGUGCAGCCCGCAGACAUUUCUGGAAAACAGCGGCAGUUUAGAUAAACUCCUCAUCAUCAUUCAGAACGAGGACAUCGCUGCACAUGUGCACAAGAUCCCGGCUCUGGUGUCUUUGAAGAAGUUGCCUUCAGUGAGCUUUGCUGGAGUGGACACUCUGGACGAUGUCAAGAACCACACUUAUAAUGAGCUGUUUGUGUCUGGAGGCUUCAUGGUGUCUGAUGAGUUUGUCCUCAACCCUGACCUUAUCACACAGGAUCGUUUGCAGGGCCUGCUGAAGUUCUUGGAGGAGCAGAGCACUCCUGAACACCCCUGGCAGUGGAAGGUGCACUGCAAGUCCCAGAAGAAGCUCAAAGAGCUGGGGAGGUUAAACACCAAUGCCAUGGGGCUGCUGAACCUUCUCACAGCCUAUCAGAAGAAGCACCUAGUGGAGUUCCUCCCUUAACAUGAGUGUGACACCCAGUCGCGUCAGGCUCCAGACCUGGAAUGCCUGAUCAAGCUCCAAGCCCAGCACACACAGCAGCGGCACCUUAUCUUCCUCACAGAGAGGCCAUUUGAGAUGUUCCUACAGUACUCCAGAAAUGGAAUAGUGAUAGGGAGCAUUGAUGACGUUAUGAGCGGUUUCCACAGUCUGAUUGGCUCCAUCAAUCAGAAUGAGCUUCCAACACCGCCCUCCACAGUAGUGAAUGAUGAGUGUGUUGAAGAGGAGGACAUGUCAUUAGACUCUGACGAUGGUGAGCCAACCACCAUAUCAGAUCCCUCCCAGCAGAACCAGGCAGUUGAGAAGGGGAAGCCUCCACUGCCGCCCCCGCCAGAGACGGAGGAGUUUCGUCCUCCACUCCCAAACCAGCAGGCCACCCCUGAGAGAACUCCAACGCUGGCUGACUACAGUGCUCUGAAAACGGCCAUCUCUCAGUUCAAGGCCUCCAACCAGAUGGGCAUAAGCUCUUCAGACAUUGGCGGCUUGUCACCGGGAGGUUUUCCAGUGAAUCCCCACCAGAGCUUCCUGUGUCCUUCAGCCUCUUGGUCAUCCUACACUGGCUCCUCCAGCUAUGCGGCCUCCCCUGCCUAUCCUGCCUCACCCUGCAGCAGCACCCAGGAACAGGAAUACCGCCCAGUUCCAGCAAGCGUCUCUGCCACAGCCCCAGCCCCACCCGUCAUGGCCCCAGGCCAAACCCCACCUGUCAUGGCCGUAGUCCCAACCCCACCUGUCAUGGCUACAGCCCCAGCCCCACCUGUCAUGGCCCCAGCCCUACCUGUCAUGGCCACAGCCACAGCCCCAGCCCCACCUGUCAUAGCCACAGCCCCAGCCCCACCUGUUAUGGCCCCAGUCCCAGCCCCACCUGUCAUGGCCACAGUCCCUGCCCCGCCUGCCAUGGCCACAGUCCCUGCCCCACCUCCCAUGGCCACAGUCCCUGCUCCACCUCCCAUGGCCACUGCAGGACCUCUAGCCAACCUGGCUUCUCUCCCUUUGGAGGUCAAACCUCCACCUCCACCUCAUCUCAUGAUGCUGGGCCACACGUAUGGCUCGGACACUGGAGGAGCUGGAGCUGCUGGGGACUCUCCGCUCACCUCCUCCCUCCCCUACACAGACCAUAAUGACUCAGCCCAGCCAGGCUACAUGCCUGGCAUUGCUAAAAAUGCUAGCGGGACCCCCACGCAACAUGAUAGGACACUAAGUGGACCUGGGGAGGGUCUAUGGGGGACAGCAGGGACCAGCACUUGUCAGACUGCUAGCAGCCAGGGUGUGGUCACAUCUGGCCCACUUGACCCCAGUGGGCUCCCCAAGAUUGGGGAAUCCGUCGGAGGCAGCAACCCUGUUAAUCAGGGGGGCAGGACUCAGGUGAAUUGCGCUAACAACCUUGGACCUUCUGUGGGAAUGCCCACAAUGGCCACCAGGGGGGGCUCAAUAGUCAGACCUAAGCUGCCUCCACAUCCAAUGUGUGGUGUGGGCUAUGGUGGUAUAGGUGGCAUCCCUGGACAUAUGGAUCAUGGGCCUAUGCGGGGUGGUAUGGGUCCUGGUUCUUUAGGGGGCUACCGAGGGAGAGGAGUCCCACCAGUAGGACUUUGGCCUCGUCCAGGACGAGGACAUGAUCUGGGGGACGGGACUGGAGGGGGACCCUGCUCUUGGGGUUACCCAGCAGGCAGGGGUGGGACACAGGAUUACUACUCGGACUACACAUACACUCACAAUUAUGCCCCUGAAUAGACAAUCAAUGUGAUCGAAGGGGCAACACAAGCGCCAUACUCCAGAGACUAGAGCUGGCUGAAUGUAUAUAUUUCCUUGUCAUAAACACAUUGAUUUAAAUCGGUAAAUAAGGAUCCUGGUUUUCUACAUUAAUAAAAAUUGAUACAGGCAGUGCCGAGUGUCCUACUACCAUGUAAACUGUACACUCUUUCCAUGUGAGCUGUUUGAGACCCUGUUCAAACCACUAUAUUUAUAUUUGCCAACAAAUGUUAAUGGCCUUCCAGCUUCUCGGAAUUUAUCUCGUUAUUUCUGUUUGUCCAGGUUUUGAAACGGUUUGUGAACAAGGGGAAAGGCUGAUAUUUUUUUAAGGAAAAAAAAAACAAACUAGUGAAUUAAAUUUCACUUUUGCUGUUGGUUUUCUUUUUUUUAUUUUACAUAUUUGGUUGUCCUAAAUUCUAUUAAAAUAAAACAUUUCAAAUCUUGUUUGUGUGACCAGUUUGAUGACAGUGUCUAGCAAACUAUUAAAAAAUAUAAAUCA